GCUAUCGCAUAACGCGAUAAAUUACGACAUACAAAGGUGCUCCCGAAGACCGGUUCGGACUUAGACGAUUUUACCGAAUCUUCCGAAACGCAUUGCACCUAGAAGACACGAUACUAGCGCUGGGAAGAAAUCGUGUUUCAGUUGUUGUUCGGUGGUCAUCAAAUGCAGAAGAGCAACCGAAUAGGUCGUUUCCAUUCUCAUUUCGGUCAAAAGGGCUUCCAUGCUGAAUAACAAUGAAGGAUAAAUUCCUUUUCUUGUUCCUAAUAUUAAGUUGCUAUCUAUCAAAUAUCGAAGCAGAUCUAUAUUAUAUCGCCUCAUGUCCUAUUAUUCUUGAAAAUGAACCCUGCAACAGUGAUACCGUCAAGUUUUUUCUUUAUACCAGGAAAAACAUGAACGACUCGCAGUACGUCAAAAUAACAGACGAGGCAGACAAUAUAACGAAUUCUUUUUAUAAAGAUGAUCUCAAGACGAAAAUAAUAGUCCACGGUUACAACGCUGAUAUGAAUCUGUCCGUACUGGUGAAGUUAAAAGACGCAUAUCUUAAAAAAUACGACGCUAACGUCUGGAUGGUCGACUGGGCCGUGCUUGUGCCCAGUCCGUGCUAUCCGACUGCCGUCUAUAACGUGAGGUACGCUGGAAAAUGCCUCGCGAAGUUCAUCGACAAGCUGAGGAAGAGGAAAAAAACCGGAACGAUGGACCUGCACGUGGUCGGUUUCAGCCUGGGGGCCCACGUCCCAGCGAAUGCAGCACCUCAUCUAAAACCUUACCAAAUUCCAAGAAUAACAGGUCUAGAUCCUGCUUUGCCAUUGUUCUUAUUCGGCUUUAUUUCAAACAAGUUGGAUGCCGAGGACGGCGAAUUCGUCGACAUCGUGCACACGAACGGCCUGUUAGAGGGCCAAGUGAAACCCAUAGGACACGUAGAUUUUUAUAUGAACGGAGGAGUCUUGCAGCCAGGCUGCGGUAGCAAAUUCCCGACUCGGGAAGAGGUGUCCUGCUCUCACCACAGAUCCGUGGAGUAUUUCGCUGAAUCCAUCAACACAGAGGUUGGCUUUUGGGGGUGGAGAUGCAUCGGUUUCUACUACUAUAUUACCGAUCGGUGUCACGCCGUACCUCCUUUCGUUCUCAUGGGGGAACACGUCAAUAAAACAUUAAGAGGCACUUACUCAGUCGAUACCAACAGUCAGUCGCCAUUCGCGAUUGGAAAGAAAAGGUUACUGUUCUUAGUAACGAGCAUCCCUCCGUUCGCAGUUUAUUAUCCAGUGGUCACACAAUCCCUCAAAUGAAGUCUGAAAAAAGUUCUUUGAUUCUACACAUUUUUUUGUGGUUACCUGCAUGUCGUUAUUAUGUUUUUGUAUUUUUCUAAUUAAUUGUCGAAUUUAAU